AUGCCUCAAUAUGCCAAGUUCAUGAAGGAGAUACUCUCUAAGAAAAGGAGCUUGAGUGAAGAGAACGAUAUCGUUGAGCUGACUGAGGAGUGUAGCGCUAUUUUGCAAAGGAAGCUUCCACCCAAACGAAAGGAUCCAGGUAGUUUCACUCUACCUGUUAACUUUGGGGCUUCAAAGGAAGUGAGAGCUUUAUGUGAUUUAGGGGCAAGCUUCAACUUAAUGCCCCUAUCAAUGUUCGAGCGACUUAAUGUUGGAGAGCUGAAGCCAACAAUGAUGAUGCUUCAACUAGCAGAUCGAUCCAUGGUGACUCCUUGGGGAGUUGUUGAAGAUGUGCUAGUGAGAGUAGGAGAGUUUGAGUUUCCGGUGGAUUUUGUGAUAAUUGAUAUGGACGAGGACUCUAAAAUACCAUUGAUUCUGGGAAGACCGUUCCUAGCCACUUCACAAGCGAAAAUAAAUAUGGGAAAAGGAACAAUAUCUUUAAGGGUAGCUGAUGAGAAAAUUACUUUCACCAUAUUUGACCUGAAGCCAAAGCAAAUUGAGAAGAAUGAUGCAUUCUUGGUGGAGAUGAUGGACGAGUGGAGUGAUGAGAAGUUGAAGCAGUUCUUCCUUAAAGAAAAAGCUGGAGCAUCAAAUAAGAAGAAAAAGAAGAACACGCAGAACGACCAAACUGAGAAAGUCUACUCAAUGAGCAUGGUUGUCAACUUAGAGCAGAAGGAGGAGAACCUGAGAAAUCAAGCUGAACCAGUUCAUCUUGAAAGCGUUGUGGCCAACAUGGAGCAGAAAGAGGAGAAAACGAAAGGAGAAUCCUUCAUAUGGAAGCCAAAAAAUAAGAAAGAUGAUAAACCUCCUAUCCCUUUUAACUCUAAAUUGAAUAACUGUGUUCAUGCUUUUGAGAUUGCUUGCAAGAACAUGGUGAAAAUGUGUGCUGAGUUUAAGGAACCCAGAAGUGCAACGCACUAUGGGGUAAACACCGGAUAG